AUGGCCGUCACACAAACCACCAUCAUGUCAGAUCGCGACGCGAAUGCCAGAAUCAAACUCGGCGCAGACAUCAACCCCGAUUCGCCUCCAGCCGCCGUAUUCGACAUUUCACCCGAGACUGCAUUACACCUGCUCUGCACGAAUGUCGAGCGUCUAGCUGCAGAAAACCCCGCAACGGACGAGCGUUCACACACCCUGGACCCCCCAGAUGAUGCGCUGGAAAUAGAAACCGUUGGCCUGCAUGUAAAGGGGGAUGGCGAUGUCGUCGAUCCUGCACGUGCGACAGGCGAGGCGAUCCAGAUGGCGAUCCUCGCCAAGAAAUUUCUCUCGAAGAAAGUGCCCCCCAUCGCUUUGCGGGAUUAUCUUCUCAGAUUGCAUAAAUAUUGUCCCAUGUCUACGGCUGUUUAUCUCGCUGCCAGUGUUUAUAUCGCGAAGAUGACUGUCGUCGAGAAGGUCUUGCAGGUGCUGCCUAAGAAUAUGCAUCGACUGGUGCUUGCCGGCGUGUGGGUUGCUAGCAAGGCGUUGGAGGAUCUCAGUUAUGCUCAUAGCCGAGUGGCGAAAGUCGGGGGUGUGAGUGAACUGGAGUUGUCCAAGUUGGAGAUCAGCUUUUGUUUCCUGGUGGAUUUUGAGCUCCGAGUUGAUGAGCGGAUGUUGAUGGAUGAAGCGUUGCGCCCUCAGUCUGUAGAAUGA